CAUAAGUAUAAUAUCUUAGAAGGCUUCGAAAUUAUACCCAAAUCAAGUUCAAUCUUUUAUUUUUUAUCGAAAGAAAAUGCUACUACUUGUGAUCUGGUUGUUUCUCAGUCUUAGUCCUGCAUUCCUUAAAGCCUACCCUGUGCAAUCACAGGUCAACUUCCAGGAUCGCAGUGCUCUGCCUGCUCACUUAUCCGAACCAGCCGAUUAUCCCGAUCUAACAAAUGGCCUUACUGACGCCGAGGUUCAGCAAAGCCUUGAAGAUCUAACCCUGGAUGAUCUAGACUCAUUGAACAAGCUGCUCGACGAGCACAUCAGUCAAAAUGAAAACGCCGACACAGACGCCAGUCUAGUAGCACAGAAUAGGCAGGCAAAGGCCACUAAACACACAAAGCAGGCCCUUCAGUCCUCCGCGGAAGCAGCUGUCGAUGAUGGCUGCCGGGAUGACGAGGAUUUGGAUGAUACCAAGUCAAAUCAGUGCACCAAGCGGACCACCUGUCAAACGACCAAGCGCUGCCCUAAGAAAACCACUUCCGUUCCGAAAACCACUAGAACGUGCGUCGCUCCACGACCGACAGAUAACUGCAAGCCCAAAUCGGGUGGAAAUAUGGACGAUGAUCUGAUUACUGAUACCACAAAAAGUCCGAGGCCAAUUAUAAAAAAGUACAAGAAGUCAAAGGAUGACUUGGAAUGCGACGCAAACGAUUUCCUGUGCCACGCCAUGAAGCGGGACAGAAACAAGGAGGCUAAGAGCAAUCUUCAAGAAGCUGUAGUGCCUGAAUCGAAGCAAUAUGUUCCAGGGAAAGAGCUAGCUGGAAUAGAUCAGCUGGGCGAGGAGAUAAUACCCGCUUUUAAUGAUCAGGGAGAACCACUUGAUGAAACUUUAAAUUUAGAAUUUUUUAAGACGCCCAAACAAGAGGUUAACUUGAAGCAAUCUGCCCAGCAAAAGCAACAGACUAACUUUGAGCUAGAAAAUGAUGCAAGCUUAGAGCAGGAUCAUCAAUCGGAAUUAGAGCUAGAGACUAAUCCAGAGCUUGAAAAUCAGUCCAACCAGAAGAAGGAAGAUCAGAUCAGUUUAAAACAGCAACAAUUGAAUAUAAAGAAGAAUUAUGAGGCUAACUUGAAGGACUUAAAACUGGAUAAUCAAAAAAAAGUUAGGCAGGAGCAUGAAGAAAACUUGAACCACGAAGAUAGGGAAAUACAUAGUAGGGAUAAUGUGAAACAGGAACAUAUAGUCAAAUUAAAACAAGAAGAGGAGGCUAAUUUAUACCAGGAUUAUCAAUCAAACUUUGAGCGGGAUAAUUUGGAGCCGGAAAAUGUAGUACAAUUAAAUCAGAAAGAUCCGGCCAAGUUUUGUCAAGAUUAUCAUUCAAAUUUUGAGCGGGAACGGGAACAACUCGCUAACUUAGAACUAAGAAAUCAGAACAGUUUGAAGCAGGAAAAUUUAAACCACGAACAUCAAGCCACCUUAGAUUUUUCAGAUCAGGGUAAUUUCAAGGAAGAAAAUCAGGCUAACUUUGACUUAGGAAAUCGGUAUGACUUUGAGCAAGAACAGAAGAUAGACUUGGAACUGGAUAAUCGGGCCAAAUUCGAUUAUGGAGAGCAAGCAUGUUUGCAUCAAGGAAAGCAAGCAUAUUUGCAUCAAGGAGAUCAGCAGAUAUAUCGGGACCAGAAAGAAUCGGCAAAUAAUAUGGAGGAAGCCAGGCAGGUGGCAGAGGAACCAGCUCCUCUCGAUUCCAACAAAUGCUAUCAGCUCUCCAGGAUUGACCAGCGAAAGAGAAAACAAGCUGAAGUGGAAAGUCCAAUAGAGGAGCAAUUUCACAACGUAGAUGAAAAGAAGCAGAUCGUUACAAAGAAUGAGCUAGCAAACGCUGAUCUGGGCCAGCAGGAAUCUUGCUUUGAUAGCGACAGUUUUAUUGCCAAUAAUGCUCGCGAUCCGCCUCGCUAUUUGAUUCAAAUGCAGGACGAAUGCAUCCAAAGUGAAAACGAUCGUGGUGACCGUAGAUUGCGUGAGGAUAGAAGCCAAAGCGAAGCACUAAAUCUGGAAAAACUCGCCGAAGAGGAAGAGGUCGGUCCAAUGGAGGAUUUCAAUUUGGAGGCAGAAUACAAAAGAAGCAAGCGAGAGAAUAAAGAAACUGAUGAUGCCCCCGAAAAACAUAUAUAAAGAAGCUGAUGGACUCUUUCCCGCGAGAUCAGGGUGGACAGAUCAAUGACAACGCAGGGCUGAUGGCUUCCAAUCUGGCCCAUUUGCGCAUCAAGCGAAGUUGAGUUAUAUUUUGUUUUGUCAUUUCUGGCCUUGUAUAUUUUAU